CCACCUCCUGCCUGUGCACAGCCAGCAGCUGGCCAUGCUGGGGACACCGGGGACAUCGGGGACACCGGGGACAGCGGGACGGAGCUGCUGGACCCGGGGUGGCCAGGCAGGGAUGGCCACCAGGAGCCACCAGGAGCCACCAGGAGCCACCAGGGGACAGGGGGGCACCCAAGGGUCCAACAUCCGUGGAACCAACUCCCCGAGCAGAGAACCAAACACAGAAAGAAACAACGGGGCUUUGCCAGUGAUUCCAUUAAUUCCAAGCUGGAUUGGGAAGGUCUGGCAGUGCUUGGGAGGCUGUGGAAAGCCGUUGUGGCUGGAGCUGGAGCAUCCUCAAAACUCCACCUGACCUCUGGGCAGCAGUGGGAGCACGGAUCUGCCCCGGCAGAUUCUCCCUGUCCUUCCCUGGAUGUGCCGAUGGAGCUGCCACCCUCUCUGCUGUUCCAGCUCUCCCAAGUUCCCCUGGAGAAAGAAACCAAGAUGCUCCAUAAACAAAGGAUCCCUGCCCAGGACUCGUGAUGGAGCACCGUGGGUGAGGGAGGAUCCCACCAAAGCUCCUUUGACAUGGAGAGGCCCAAGCACCCAUCAGCUUCCCCAGAGGGUGCAGCACAGCCUGAGGCAGCUCCAGUUCCACCAGCAGCCCUGGCAUAUCCCUGAGGAAACAGAGGGGAUGGGCCAGUGAUCUCAGUUGUUCUCUUGGAGCCAUUCUUGUUGAACUGCCAGAGCGCGAUUCCUCCUGCUGCCCUCAGCUGGAGUUUUGGUCGUGGUUCCGUGGGCAGAGCUGGAGAAAGUGCUGCUCCCCUGCGCCGUGGGUUGUGUGUCCCCUCGGUUACUGUGGCAGGGAUCCCCACUGAAGGACGAGCCAUGCAGUAGGAGCCAGCACAUCCCACGGAAGAGCAGGACCCAGGGCUGCAGGAGGGACGGGACAUGUGGAGCCUCAGCUGCCUCCUCCGGGGACUCCUCCUCAUCCUCAGCACCACCAGCACAGAGGGCUUUGCCCAGGCAGGGCGCAGGGUGUGCUCAGCCGCGGGGACACCGAGCCGCCUGAGCGCCCACGCCGAGUCCCACGUGCAGCCCGUGUACCAGCCCUACCUCACCACCUGCCAGGGCCAGCGCCUCUGCAGCACCUACAGGACCAUCUACAGGGUUGCCUACAGACAGAGGUCCAGGCAGCUGCCCCAGCCCAUGGCCUCGUGCUGUCCUGGAUGGAGCAGGGCAAACGGCCACACACUGGGCUGUAACAGAGCUGUGUGCUGGGAGCCGUGCCAGAACGGAGGGAGCUGUGCCUUCCCCGGGAGAUGCUCCUGCCCCCCCGGCUGGACGGGGCGAGCCUGCCAGACAGAUGUGGAUGAAUGUGCCAGCCAGAGCCACGGGUGCAGCCAGCUCUGCAUCAACACAGCCGGGAGCUUCCACUGCGCCUGCCGGGACGGCUUCAGCCUGGCUGCCGAUGCCAAGGGCUGCCAGCCCCUGGUGCCAGCCUCUGGGACAGACACCUCCAGCCAAGCAGGUGCCUCCAGUGAAAUGAAGGAAGAAAUGAAGGACCUGAGGAGCAGAGUGGAAGCACUGGAGCAGAAGCUCCAGCUGGUGCUGGCCCCCUUCCACAACCUGAUGCUGCCAGAGGAUGUCGGUGCAGACCCCAUCAGCCGCCUGUCCCACUCCCUCCAGCAGCUGGACAGGAUUGACUCCCUAAGUGAGCAGAUUUCUUUCCUGGAGGAGAGGCUGGAGACCUCAGAGGCACCAGGUCAGAGCUCUGAGAGCCGUAAGGAUUUUGGCCCCGAUCCAGCACAGGCUGUUACUGUCACUGGAUUUGGGGACAUUGUGCACAGGGCCCAGGCAAGGACUGUGACAUGCCAAAGAGGUGAGAGCGACACUGCUGAGUGCGGGGGGAUGAAGCCAGCCUGGGGUUGUUUGCCAAAAGGAAAGCAGCAAGUGUGGGUGACAUUCCCAGAGGUUCAGGUCAGUCUCAAUCUGCCAGGCUAAUGACUGAAUUUAUCUGACUGAAUUUGGUUUUUUUUC